UAAAAGGGGAUAAAGAACAGCAGUUGAAAUAGGGAAGCAAAAGGAGCUGCCGUAUCGCCAUUAUCUUCUUCAACCGAACCCCACGAGCAUCAAGAGUUCUUCUCUCCCCAAAAAGGUGGAAUGGCGAAGAGCUACUUCAAGCAGGAGCAUGAUCUCGAGAAGAGACGGGCGGAGGCUGCGAGGAUCAGGGAGAAGUACCCGGAUAGGAUUCCUGUGAUUGUGGAGAAAGCUGAGAGAAGUGAUAUCCCAAACAUCGACAAGAAAAAGUACCUUGUCCCUGCAGACCUUACAGUCGGACAAUUUGUAUAUGUCAUUCGCAAAAGGAUCAAACUCAGUGCAGAAAAGGCCAUUUUUAUUUUUGUGGACAAUGUUCUCCCACCAACAGGGGCAAUCAUGUCUGCAAUAUAUGAAGAGAAAAAGGAUGAAGACGGGUUCCUUUAUGUCACUUACAGCGGAGAGAACACAUUCGGGUGCUAGGAACAUUCCCCUGAUAAAUCACUUCUCGUGGGUUCUCAAAGCUUCUUGCUCACUGAACUUUGCGCUCCCCUAGUAUUUCUAUUUCACGUGUUUAUUUAUGUUCUCGAAUCAUGAUAUGUCUAUGGAGACUCGGAUGAUCAUAUUAUGUACAGUUUGUAUAUAAUCUCCAAGAACAAGUUUAAUGCAAAGUAUUCCUCUUGUCAUCACA